AUGAAGUUGUUCAGUGAUCUGGUCGGUGCUGCUACGUGCGCUUCUGGCAAUGCCAUCUCGGCAGCGCUGGUGCCGCUCAUCUGGGCCAGCUCGUACCUCCAAACAGACGUGAGUGCUGCAGCACAUCCUCACAAGCCCUGGCUACCAUAGCCAGCAGCGGGCUGAUGGAAAUUUGCCGACUGGGCUACCUAACGUUCUCGCGCGAUGAUAGCCACUAGCAGUGGCGCAUUCCAUCCUCAGGACCACACCGCUCAUAGAUGGACACGUCGACUUGCCCGUAUUGUUCAGGUACAUUUACGGUGGAGAUUUGGCCAGUCCCAAAGUCGACUACAAAGGCGAGCUGCAGGGCUUUGUUGAUUUGCCAAGACUUCGAAAAGGCGGCAGUGGUGGCUUCUUCAGCAUCGCGUGAGUGGGGACCUUGGAAGUGACGGUGCAUCCUAGCCUCUGCUCUGCGCCAAGAACUUUACGUAGAGAGAGCAGCUGACGUGUUUGAGGCGCUUCAUCUUCUUCUUCUUCUGCUGCCAUCGAUGCUUUCGCCAAGCUACGUGCCAUGCACCAAGAUUCCCGAAGGCGAAAAGGAAGACUUUAAUGCGCCAACUUGGCAAGUCAGAGACACGCUGGAGCAAAUCGAUCUGACCUGGUCUUUGGCAGAGUACUACCCCGAUGAUGUAGCCGUCGUAACAACGCCUCAAGAGCUUCGAUCGGCGUUCAAGAGCGGCAAGAUCAGUCACUUGAUAGGGAUCGAGGGUGCCCAUAGUCUUGGCAAUAGUCUUUCCACCUUGCGAACGUAUCACAGACUAGGUGCGAGGUACUUGACCCUCACGCAUACAUGCCACAAUGCAUUUGCGGAUUCGGCAGGAGCCACGGCAGGACAAGCUUUGCCGCCAUUGCAUGGAGGACUCACCAAGAUCGGCUUCAGGCUCAUAGAUGAGCUCAACAGGCUAGGAAUGAUGGCGGAUCUGUCUCACACUUCCGACGACACGGCAAAAGAUGUGAUCAAGCACACCAAAGCGCCAUUCUUCUUUUCCCACAGCGGUGCCAGGGCCGUUCAUGAUCACAUUCGAAACGUGCCGGAUGCCUUGCUGGAUCAAGCAAGGGACUCGGGCAAAGACGGUAUCGUCAUGGUCGCAUUCUUGUAUCCCUUUGUAGGACCCGAAGGGGACGCUGGCAUAGCCAAAGUGGCCGAUCACAUCGAUCACAUCGCCUCCAAGAUUGGUCGGUCCAAAGUGGGCAUCGGAAGCGAUUACGACGGCGGAUUCAAGUUCGCAGAUGGUUUGGAGGACGUGUCUACUUAUCCCAAAUUGGUAGCUGAACUGUUCAGCAGAGGUUGGAGCAGAAACGAGCUCAGAGGAUUGGUGGGCGAGAAUCUGAUCAGGGUGCUGGGAGAGACGAUACGUGUUGGCGAUGAGAUGAGAGCAAAUGGUGCUUUGCCCGACGUGGACACAAUCGACGGUAGACCCGAUAAUGGACCAGGCAAACCGACGUUCGAUUCGGAGCCUUGCAAAAGGUCCAAUGCGGGUCUGGUGAAGUAA